CGAUUGUGAAAAUCCCAUUUAUCCAGGAUCACGAAUUCAUAUUCUUGUCUUUACAUAGUACUGUCAACUGCCGAAUUCGCCACUGAUGAUUACCAACCCCUCGUCAAACGAAAGGACUAUUGGUGAAAGAAACCCCAUUGAAACACAAUUCAAAUGUUGUUUUACAGCAGACAUGUAUUCCAGCACUAUGUGUUUAGAGAGUCUGCAUCAUUGUCAACUGGGAAGGGAGUGGUUGAUGAAACCCCUGCAGGGCCCGUCAAUGGCCACUGAUCGAUCUUCCACUUCAAAAGACGUUCGGGAUCAGGCUUCUACAGACCCAAGAUAUACCGGUCAGAAUGCGAUGCACGAAUGCGUGGCUUUCCAGACCAUCUCUUUGGAAAGCAUGUCAUGGCCAAUACCAGUCAGUCGCUUGGAGUGGGAGCGGCCACGGAUGACUGAAACCGCGACAUUGGGACGGCCACGGUCUGCCCCACGCAAAAUCGGUGGCGACCAGACGAGAUCGAAUUUACAAUUCCCCUCCAUUCGAAUUCAGGGAUUUCCGAUCGCCUGUCUGCACACACCUGGGUUCCCCCACUCUCAGUGCAUGGACCUGCCUGCCCUUCUCCUCCCCGACGGCUCUUGGUUGUGUACACUACCUGCGUUCCCCCCACCCCCGACUAUGGUGAGGAUGUUAUUGUGUACCUACCUAGCGAAAUACACGUAAACUACA